AUGUAUGGAGAUAUAUGUCCAGCAGGACAUUACUGCCCCGAGCAGAGCAGUGCUCCAUUACCCUGUCCUGUUGGUUUCAUUCUCCAGGACAAAGGAGCCGCUUCUUUUAAUGACUGCUCUUCUUGCCCUCCGAGCAGAUAUUGCGCUGCGCCAGGCUCCACUCAACCCUCAGGGUCUUGUGCUCCAGGUCACUAUUGCAUUGAAGGUGCAGAUACUCCCAGACCUCAGGCCACACCGUCUCAGCAGACCUGUUUUUGUGACCUCAUACCAUCAUCCCAUCUCCAAAAGUAUGAUCUUUGCCUUCUGAAGCUCAACAUAACCUGCUCAAUCCACAUUCCAGGAGACGGUGCUGCAGUCUGGACUGAUCUGGAUCCCGGACCUCUAUUAGAUUUAACUGAGUCUGAAGCACCUCUACAAAUCACAGAACCUUGCACUGGCUUCAAAGGAGACUUGUGCCCUACAGGGUCUUACUGUCCAGUGGGAUCGUCUGUUCCUCAGCCCUGUGAUUCCGGAUCGUAUUGUAAUCAGACUGGCCUGUACACUCCUGUAGGACUCUGCUUUGCUGGAUUCUUCUGUCCGACAGGAUCCUCAAACCCUAGUGCUGUGCUUUGUCCUCCUGGACACUACUGUCCCCAAGGGACACCACAACCCCUGUCCUGUCCACAUGGCACAGUGAGGAGCUCUGCUGGAGGAUCCAGUGCAGGCGAUUGCCUUGAAUGUCCACCGGGAUAUUUCUGCGAGCAGAGAGGCCUAACUGAGCCCUCUGGCCUGUGCUCUGAAGGAUAUUACUGCCCUGGAGGACAGAACACAUCCCGACCAGCAGAGAAUGUGUGUGGUGCAGGCCACUUCUGUCAGAGGGGCAGCAUCGUGGAGAGGCCAUGUUUCCCAGGUACUUUUCAGCCCAGUCCAGGCCAACACAGAUGUGACAUUUGCCCUGCCCGCUCUUUCUGUCCUGAGCAAGGUAUGACCUAUCCAUUCCCAUGUCAGCCAGGAUAUUACUGUCCUGUUGGGGUAUCCAAUCAACACCCAUGUCCUCCGGGAGGUUUUGGGAACCGAUCUGGAUUGGCUGAUUCUUCCGAAUGCUCACAGUGUGAACCUGGAACUUAUUGUAUGGGGUCAGGAAAUGUGUCACCAACUGGCCCCUGCAGUGCUGGAUUUUUGUGCUUUGGAGGAGCUGUUCUUCCCUCUCCGAAUGAUAAUGAGACUGGAAUACAGUGUCCAUCAGGAUUUUAUUGUCCCGCUGGAAGUUUUGCAGGAAUACCUUGUCCCAAGGGCACAUUUAGCAAUCUGCAUCAACUGUCCAAAAUAAGCCAGUGCCAAAACUGCACACCAGGGUUUUAUUGCUCAGAGCCAGGUCUGACUGCAGUCAGUGGACCCUGCUUACCAGGUUAUUACUGCAGUGAGGGAUCUCCAAGCGCAGCUCCUGUGUUAGCUGUGUAUGGCAGUGUUUGUCCUCCAGGUCAUUAUUGUGAGGUUGGCAGUGCUGUGCCAGCUCCCUGUCCAGUGGGCACCCGGCGUCCUGAUUCUAGGGGAAAGGCCACAGACGAUUGCAUGCCGUGUCCUGGAGGUCAGUUUCAAGAUCAGCGUGGGCAGAGCGAGUGUAAACCGUGUCCUGCUGGUUUCCACUGCAUUAAUCUCACGAGUGGCUCGACUGGGGUCAGCAGUCCUAUAAUCUGUCCUGAAGGAUUUUACUGCCCCAAUGAGACGCAGUCUGGAAACCCUGUUCCUUGUCCCAAAGGCACAUACAGUGAUUCAUUGGGCCUCAUUUCAGCAGAGCAAUGUCUGGUGUGUCCUAUGGGUUAUUUCUGUGGUUCAGAUGGGCUCUCCAAUCCCUCUGGAGCCUGUGCUCCUGGAUUCCUCUGUUUUGUGCAAGCAACAGUUCCCAACCCCACUGACAACAGCACUGGCAGUUUGUGUCCACCGGGGGCGUUCUGUCUGCUGGGAACAAGAGCAGGUGAAUGUUCAGCAGGCUACUACUGUGACUGGGGCUCCAGCAGUCCUGAACAGAGUCUCUGUCCUGCUGGUUUCUACUGUCCCGCUGGCACAAACAAGCCCCUGGCCUGCACCGGAGGCACUUUCAGCUCUGUCAUGGGCAACAGCCACAGAGAAAACUGUGAGCCAUGUCCAUUAGGCUUCUACUGUCAGGGGGAUGCAGUAGCAGAGCCUCUUCCAUGUCCACCAGGGCAUUUCUGCCCCAUGAGCACAUCACAGGGCACUCAGUUUCCCUGCCCUCCAGGAUCACUGCAGCCACAGUCUGGGACGGCCAGUGUGGAGGAGUGUCUGCCAUGCCCAUCAGGCAUGUUUUGUGCUCGCCAUGGUCUUUCAGAGCCUACAGGACGCUGCCAGGAUGGAUUUCACUGCCCGUCUGGUGCAACAAGCCCCGACGGCACUGGAAACACGAUUGAAUCUUCAGGCAACAACAUGUGCCCACCUGGCUAUUAUUGCCCAACUGGUAUCGGCUCUCCUCUCCCGUGCCCCGCCGGCACAUUCUCCAGCUCCCCAGGGUUGAGUGGGCCGGAGCAGUGCCAGCCGUGUCCUCCUGGGCACUUCUGUGAGCAGACCGCUAUGGUCCAUCCAUCACAAGCAGCUCUCUGUGAUGCUGGAUAUGUCUGUAUCAAUGGCAGUCGUAGUGCUCGACCGAUAGAUGGACUACAGGGUUAUAUUUGUCCAAGCGGACAUAGUUGCCCCAUCGGUGCUUCCCUGGAAGUGCCAUGUGAGCCUGGCACAUAUAGCAGUAUUCCUGGUGCUGCCCGCUGUCUCUCAUGCCCAGCAGGCACUAUGUGUCCUUCCCCUGGCACACUGGAGCCUUCCCCGUGUCCCAUGGGUCAUUUUUGUCCAGUUGGCACUGCUGAAGCUGUACCCUGCCCUGUGGGCACACUUGGACAGGUUACCAGAGCUCAGUCGGAGGCUGCCUGUGUGCCCUGUCCAACCGGCCUCUACUGCAGUUCGGCUGGAACAUCACAGCCACAGGGGCAAUGCCAGCAGGGUUAUUUCUGUCAAGGAGGGUCUCCAAAUCCAGCACCUCUGAAUACAACUGGCUACCUCAGGAAUGGCCCAUGUCCACAGGGUCACUUCUGCCCCUCUGGAACUCUAAUGCCUCUCCCCUGCCCAGCAGGCAGCAUUCGUAACCUCACCGGGGGUUAUUCCAUAGAAAGCUGUCUUCCCUGUCCAGCAGGGCAUUAUUGUGCCAGCGAGGGCCUGGAUUCUCCGACUGGGCCCUGUGCCGCAGGCUUUUACUGCCCUGUAGACUUCUCCUCCACCACCGCACAUGCCUUUCUCUGCCCCAAGGGUCAUUUCUGUCCCUUGGGUUCACCCCUGGCCUUGCCCUGCCCCACAGGACAGUACCAGCCGAAUCCGGGUUCAGAUAACUGCAUCCCCUGUCGUCCAGGCUUUUACUGUGAGGAGGCAAUUAUUGGUGACCCCCGGCCCUGCCCGCCACACUCCUACUGCCCUGCAGCCACAAUGGUUCCUCAGCCCUGUCCCAAUGGCACAUACACCCCAUCUGAGGUCGGGGGUCUACAGGAGGAGAGAGAGUGUCUGCCGUGUCCACCAGGAAAGUUCUGCAAGGCUGGUCAGGUUAAAGGCCUGUGUGCUGCUGGAUUUUUGUGCAUCUCUGGCAGUUCAGAUUUCACCCCUCAGUCAACUUUUCUUAUCAACAGAGACCAGUGUGAGUGGGGAGCACAGUGUGCUGGACCAUGUCCUGCUGGCUAUUAUUGCCCUGAGGGCAUCGAGGAACCUUUAUCUUGUCCUUCCAACACUUUAAGAGAAAGCCCUGGAGCAAGUGCUCUACGUGACUGUGUGCCUUGUCCUCCUAAGCAUUGGUGCCAAGAGGGUGAUCCCAUCCCACGGAUGUGUCCGCCAGGGUAUUACUGUGAUGGCAUAGCUGAUUAUGAGUCUGAGGGGCGGCCUGGGCCCAGAGCUUGUCCCAUGUUCACAUACAGGCCCACUUCUGGGGCAGGAAGCAAGGGAGACUGUGUAACCUGCCCAGCAGGCACUUUCUGUAAUUCCACAGGGCUCACAGAUUUCUCAAGCUUCCCUUGUCCACCGGGUCAUUGGUGUAGUGGGACAGGGUUCCCAGUGUUCUGUCCUGCAGGAACCAUGAGGCCACAGGCAGGGGCAGCGUCUGCCAGCCAGUGUGAGGUUUGCCCUCCUGGAACCUACUGCCCAGACCCUCGCACCACAGGCCAGCCUAAUACAGCAGGGAUCCCAUGUCGAUCUUCUUACCAAUGUCCUGCAGGCUCAGUGACUGAGAUCCUUUGCAGAGCAGGUUCAUACUGUAGAGCCCAGACAGGAGAGCCCACACCGUGUCCUGCAGGAUACUACUGUCCUGAAGGGUCUCACACCUACAGCUCACCACAGCAAGUAUGUGCUUUUCCAAGUUACUGUCCAGCCAACAGCUCUGCCAUGCUGUCCUGUCCGGAUGGUUGGAUGCCGCUGAACACUAGUGGGCUGAGGAAGUCUCAGGAGAGCAGCUGUGUCCAGUGUGGGGCUGGCACUUAUCGGCCCAGUCGAUCCCCUCACCUCCAGUGCCUCCUCUGUCCUCCAGGACAUCAUUGCCCCGCAGGCUCACACCAUUACAGUGAUCAACCCUGUCCAGAAGGGUACUUUUGUCCACAAGGCAUCGCUGAUCCUGUUCCCUGCCCGCCUGGCUCAUAUGGAAACCGCAACAGUGCAGAAUCACUCGAGCAAUGUCACAAAUGCCCACCAGGCACCUUCAAUCACCUGCACGCCCAGAGAGCCUGCUUCCCCUGUGGGAGUUCAUCUACUUCAGAUGCAGGGGCAUCCUCUUGUACCUGCACAGGCAAAAACCGUGCGUUCCAGUACUCAGACGGGUCGUGCUUGUGCAUGACGGGUUUUGUUUUCUACAAUGAGUUGGAUUUUAAAAGCUCUGCUGCAGACAGUCAGCUGGACUGUCAGCCUGAGGUGAAGAAGCGCUGUGGGGCAGGUCAGGCCAGACUGGCCUCUACUCUGGAAUGUGUUGCUCCGUCCACCUACUCCUGUAACAUCACAUGUGGACCUCAGGGUGGGACCCUAGAUGUAGAGAUGGGAAUUUGUCAGUGCGAGAGGUACGUUUCAGUAGAGGAGCUGUGCAAUUCUUCAUGUGUGUCUGCACUGCCGGUGCUCUCUGCUAGACUGGAUACAAACGGACAGCUGACACUGAGAAUUAAAACCACAGAUGAAAGCAAAACCUGGAGCAGAAAUAUGAUAAAUUUACUAGGACCUGAUGUUCACGUCAAGAACAUUGGAAGGAUCCAUUUCGCCCAGUUUGCUCCUGAGGGAGUGUUUGGUUGGAUUUUAAAAGACCCUAUACUUAUUGACUCUUUACUGAGAGAACCAGUUGAAAUUCUGGAGAGAGAUUUCAGGAGGAAAAGACAUGCUGAUCAGAAUGAGGUUUCUACGCCUCUUCCAAGGAUUCCAAAUCCCAUAGCAUGUCUGUCUCCAAAUGACAUGCUCAUCUUUCAGCUCACCAUCAACCACACCGAUCGCCGCCACAGUCACUUCCCAGUCUAUCAGAAGGACCACUUGUUCAGCAGUAAUCCUGGCUGGGAUUUUGGGGCCUUCAGACGUCUGCAGCAUCUCGUCACGCAUACAAAGCUAAAUUCUAGCAGAUUUGCGCAUGUGUUCAUGGAGCCAGGAAAAUAUGUGUUCCUGGAUAACGCAGUGCCUGACUGGAGUCUGAUAGUGGUUGUAAGUGAGCAGGGCUCAGAGUGCAACCCCACCACAGCUGCAUUUCAGCCCACGACCCCUGCACAACUUGUGCGACAUGGCAUUGUCAAACAACACAAAUUGAACCUGCUUCCAGACUGGGGACUCAUCAUAGGCAUAUUGUCCCUGCUGGUGUUGUUGAUAAUAGUGUUGACGGCCUCUGCUCUUGUCUUGAGGCCUAAUCGAUCCCACCUCAUCGCUCAAGGGAGGCCAAAGCCUAAGUGGCGGAGCUUGGGUGAACCCAGUGUUCCUAUUGAAUAUAUUUAUAAUCCUGAUGGUGUGGACAGCUCUGAAUCGCUGGGUCUUAGAGGAGUGGGAGAGGGAGCUGAAUCAGAGGAACCUGCUGUUUGCAAAGGAGGUUUCAGAGCUACGCUUAUGGAGCUGGAGGAGUUCAAUGUGAAAACGCUGUAUGACAAGUUAGAGGAUCAGAAUUUGCAUCUGGCAUCCCAGAUGGCAAAACACCGCAAAGACACACAGGAGUUUUACAAAAACAUGUGCCAGCAAAUCGAUACUCUGAAGGACACACUAGACAAUAUGGAACCCUCAAAACUGAAUCAGCUGAAAAAAAUACUGGACAAUGACUUACAGGUGAAGAAAGAAACUGCUCAUGCAGAGCCGUGGAUGGGGCUGAUGGAGGCUGUGUUGAGGUCGCUGGAUGGGGUUUUGUGCAGGAUGAAUGGAGAGAUCUGGCAACAACAGGACAGCAUAGCUACACACAGUCAUAGAGACACUCGAGAGAGUGAACUGCACACCGGAUACAAUCAGUUUUCCCCGGCAGACAUGACAGAGUUUAAAGUGGGCGCUGAUACAGAGGCAGCUUCUUCAGAUCCAGGUCAACAGCAGAGCACAAUUCCCUGCCUGAGUGAAGAGGAACUGGUCAAAAUCGUGUCUCUGACGCCUCUCUCCAAAACACUGCAGGAAAUAAAGGAAUGUCUCCAGACUCUUAGUCAAAUGCCUGGAACAGAAGACGCGAUUAUCAGCUCAGCGGAGAGUGAGGCUACACACCUGAUCCCGGUUGCUCUUGACAGUCUCUCUCCUCAGCAUUUCACUGUCUUCCUGUUUGGCUGCCAUGUUGUGCGCCUGCUGAACAGAGCUUGUGCCUUCCCUCCUGUCAUGCUGCUGUUGGCCAGAACUGUGCCAGUCUCUCACUGCGACAACCUGCUGGCCUACUGCCAUAAAGACUUCUACUACGACACAGCCAAUCAAAUCCUGUACAUCGUAGACAAGAAGCUUCAAAAUGCUGGCCAGUUCAUCUCCAUUCUCUUACACUCUAUGGCCUACAUAACCUCAGGCUCAAAAUCUCUUGACUUCAUGAAAGCCUUUCACUCUGCAAUAUCAGCAUUAAGCAUGCAGUUGUUUCAUUACUCUUUCACCGAGGACCAGAGGAAAGGAAAGGUGGAUGAGGAAAGCACUCCACAGGCUUUUGGAACUUUGGUAGAGGACUUCUUUAGUGUAAAAAUACCAAUCGAAACCCAUUUUGCACCACACCUGCUGACAGAGAGACUUCAAGUAUAUAAAUACUUCAAGUUGGAACAGCUCCUCCAGGAACUAAAACCCACUCUGAAAGACAGACAUGCUGAUGGACAAGGGCAAUCUGGCCUACGGACUGAAGUCCCAGUUCUGAGUGUGGAAAGAGAAAUCAACAGACUUGAUGAAGUUUACCAGCAGCUCUCGUCUGAUCUCAGCAGACCAGCACACACACACAACCCAACGGAGAACAACAAGGCAAAGUCUGACAGUCCGCUACAGGAGGAACAGAUGCUGCUGGAGCUGCAGAAGUGUCCGGUGGAUCAGAGACUGAAGGAGAUGAGAGACAGGCUUUCUAAACUGAGCUCAGGUCAGCGAUCGUGUCCUGAUGAAGACAUCCAGACACUCAGCAAAUGUAAACCAGAUGUAGGAGGAGCACCAGAGAAACACAUGCCUGCAACAGGACAGUCCAGCAGCAAGAAGAAGCAGGGCAAACACGUGGACAAAGAUGAGGACAAGCGUCUGACUGCGUGAGGGAUCAUGUUUGGAAAUGCUUGAAUAAUCUAAUAUAACAGUCUAAUACUGUGCCCUGAUCUAACAAGUUACUGUUCCAGCAACAGCUGAUUUGGUUUGUCAUUCACAACUAGUAAGAAGAUAUUUAAUGCUUUACUGAUAUUUAAUGUGCUGUUAUAAACCAUUUUGAAAAAUGUAAAUAAUAACAAUGGUCCUAACAUAUUUUCUGCAUUUUUAUUUUCCAUAGCUUCUGAGAAUCCAAAAAGGUCCACAUAUUCAUGAAUACUGUUAUGACAGCUGUUUUAACGUUAAGAUAUGAUUGAACUACCUCUUAUUACAGUUAUGAAGUAGUUUGAUAACAAGCAGAAUAUGUUCAUGGGCCAUAGAUAUCACCACAUUGAAAUGGUCUAUAUAAAGCAGAGCAAUAUGGGAGAGAAACAAACAAAAUGUCAGAUAAAAAAAAAUCAUAUAAAGGAGAUGAAUUUAAAGUUUGA